CCUGCCUUUACGUUGGUGUGGUUAAUGGACUUAUACGUGUCAAAAAGUCGAUCUGACUCUGUGGUGAAUUCUUCGUUAAAUUUGGCAUCCAUGGUCUCCCCGCCCAAUUUUGAUUUGCUAUUAUAAAUGGCGAAAGACUUUCCGACCAGGUCCGUGUGCCGCGUGGACAGUACGGAGUCGCUCACGCCGUCGGGAUUUUGCUGGAGAAAUUUUUGCAUUUCAGACGCGUAAAAUGUUAGUGGCCAAAUGUUUCGCUAUAAUGAAUUGGCUUUCGGCGGCGGAAUGGUAGACGCUCUUGAUUUCUGGGAGGUCGUUCCCUUCAAAUAGAGUUGCCCAGGAGUUGACGUAUUUGAUCAUUUCGGAGCCAGUGACCUCAACGCCACCCAUUUUUUUGGUGACGAGAUGGCCUGGGGACAGCAUCAGGGAGACGAAGGCGCCGACAUGGGAGGCAAAUUCGGGGUCGAGAUUGUCCAGUUUGUCGAGUUGUUUUAAUCUCUUGUCAGGUUCGGGCAUUAGAUAAACGCCGACAUCCUACGUUAGAAUUUGAAUUUUUUAAUUUGGAGGAUAGUCACCAUAUUUUAAACAGUUUUACGGCCUAAGAUUAUCAUAUUAACAGCCCAACCCCCCAAUUAAUCCCCAAAUCGUGUUUUUAUCUUGGAAAGGAAUCGAUUUCAAGAAUACUGAAAUUACUAAAUAGGUAAUGCUGUUAUUGGCCCUCAUACAAAUUCGCAAAACUCUGUAUGGGAGUUAAUGCUUUUGACGACUUUGUCAUGGGUGAAUCUCACUUCCGUCGGCUGACCAGGGUUGGAGUCCAACUUAUCCUUCUUAUAGUUUCCCUGUUGCCCCCGAGGUACGUGAUUGUCGUCGUAAAAUCCGAGCUGGUAGUCUUGGAUAAACUGAAAAUCUCUGAUGAGGAAGACCAGUUUCUGGAAGGCGCCAGUCCCCCGCUCCCCACUCGCGGCGUCUCCCUCCACUUCCGGGAUGGUCAGAGUGGCAAAGCUCGAGAAAAACUGAAAAAACUGGAGGACGUCUUCACCCACGUCGCGCAUGAUGUUGAAAAUGAGGACGGACGAGAGGAGGGUCGAGAUGGCAAAAAUGAUGGCGUUAUGCUGCAUGGUCGUUUGGUCGUCGAACGAGCCUUGCGUGUCCAUGAGGACAAUUGCUAUUCGACGCCCGUUAUGCGUUGUCCAAAAUGGGUCAGACCAGAUGUCAAUGCCAACCGUUUUACGCUCAGAUCCGCCUGAAAAUUAUUGGCAAAAAAGUAAUGACGCAAUUCAUUAGGGCGUUAUACUCGCCGGAAUAUUGAGUUAUACUAAAAACCCUAGGCCGUUUUUAUGUAAAAUAUGAUGGUUAUAUAUAAAUCGUAACCAACUGGUAAAGUUAA